AUGAAUCAUCUGGCAAGAGGAAAUCGUCGGUACCAUGGAAGAGGAAGAGGGAAAUGGGGAGGUGGCGGAGCUCGGAGACCCGCCAUACUUCCAACUUUAGCUCCACCGCUGGGCGAGAUCCUCGCAACAAUUCAACAUGACGACCUUCAAGAACCCGAAAGUCAAGAAAAUGAUCCAGCGAGAAUUACGAACAGUCAUUAUCUGACAUCCUACAACUGGCUUAGCGGAGCAAACCGUGAGAUCAUCGUGCCAGGUGAACCACCGGCGUGGACGCCUCUUUCUGAUCCUCCUCAGCUUCGAGAAGAUUCCGGCCAAUAUUAUCGUGAUCCAAACGCUGCGCGAUUUCCCACCUACCCACUGGAACCGGCGAUCCAAGCAAUACUGACGGAGAAACCGGAGUUUCCCCUAAGUAGUGUGGAUAUAAUCGGAUGUGGAAGUACACUGGGCAAUCUCUUACGCUUUGCACGUGGUCAGGCUCAUCCUUUCAGGAUGCUUGUUGAGGUAGUCGGCAACACCGUAUUCUUCAUCAGAAGGGAAAAUUCGCCCACUGAAACCCUCGUUGAUGUCCGGGGAUACGGACAUACAUUUCCAGAGGCAUACACUUCGUGGAGCAUGAGUGUUCAAGGGUCUGAGUCCCAUCAGCGGCUCGUCCAUUAUGAUUUUUCCGGCAUGAGCUGCUUAGUGCGCUUCGAGGUCGACGGUUUCCUACCUGACUUGAUUCCGGAAGACUUGAAGAUGCAGAAAGACCCCACUCCUGAGAACGGUGAUGUCAAUGCAGAAGACCUUGUGUCGCAUAUUCACGGGUUUAUGAUUUCGAGCGCGCACUCAGCCACCACGAAUGCCGAAACAAAAGAUCUCAAAAUCUCGAACAAAGGUCGCCAUAUCCCACAAUGUGGGGUCUUUGACUUGAAAACUCGUUCUGUCAAGAAAAUCAAUGUCAAUACGAUUGCUGAAGAGCUGCCGCGGUUGUGGAUCAGGCAAAUUCCCAACUUCGUUCUUGCAUACCACACGUUCGGUAAAUUCAAUGACAUUCGGAUUCAGGACGUGCGCGAAGAAUUGAAGCAUUGGGAGGAACGUGAGCAGCCCGCUUUGGUCAAAUUCGCCAGCUUGCUGCAAAUGGUUGUCUCGUUUGCUCGUAGUUCAGAUAAUGGCAGGCUUGAAAUUGAGCAUGAGGAAGACGAGAAGGUCCUGAAUCUGAGAGAACCGGGUGGAGUUGUCGACAGGGUCUUGCCCUCAGUUCUGACAAGCGAGUGGGGUUUCGGGAAUAGUUCUGGGGAAACCCCUUAG